UUGAUAUGCGAAAAAGUCAAGUGAAAACACAUGCACACAAGAGUAGAGUGUGUGCAAAAAAGCCUCUGAAAAACAGCCACACGUUAGAUCCAACUCCUUGAUCAGAGGUCCGUUUGAUCUUCACUAGGUAACCAACUUAACCUACAUGUAUCAAUUUUUUCCUAGCUUAGUUUACAAACGUUAAAAAGAUGGCUAAUACAGAAGAUGUCCCACUGGGUAUCAGUUACAUUAUCACUAUCAUCAUCAACAGCGUUGCUUGUCCCUUCACAGUUCUGCUCAACGUGCUGGUGAUAAAGGUAGUGAUGAUGAGGCCUCGACUCCGAACCAACAGCAACAUCUUGCUGGCCUGUUUAGCGGUGACUGACGUAUUAACUGGUCUCUUUGGCCAACCGUCGCAUGUCUUGUGGAGGAUAUUCCUGAUAUCUGGUCUCAGUACUAGUGAAAAAGUAGAAGAUUUCCAUUUUAAUGUUAUGUUUAUAUUAGCAACUGCUUUAUGCCUUCAUCUGAUAUUGGUUUCUUUCGAGAGGCUUGUAGCGAUAAAAUUUACCAUGCAAUACCCAAACGUUAUAACUGAUAGCAACCUGAAAAUAGCAGUUAGCACCCUGUCAGCUACAGGCCUUUAUGGUAUUUGUCCCAUCAACGAUUCACUCUGGCAAACUUGCAUACUGUUGAACUCGCUCGUUAAUCCACUGAUCUACUGCUGGAGACAAAAAGAAAUGAGAAAGUUCUUGUUCAGAAUAAGAACACAGGUCGUGCAUCCAGCCACCCAAUGA